AUGCUGUCGACUACUACUGUUGCCCUCCGGGCGGGCGCCCGCCGCUGCGUCCGAUCCCGGCCGUCCUCCGUCCCGACUGCUGCCCUCCGCUCACACUCCUCGCUCUCGAUCAAGCGCUCUUCCCUGACGACCGUCAAGGCUGCCACUGCCUCGACGACCUCCUCAUCUCAGCGCCGCGCCCUCUCGACGUCGUCCACCCGCCAGACCGAUCUCAGCACCCGUGGUCUCAUGAUCCAGGCCCUCAGCUCCAUUGGCUCCAAGCGUGAGGCCCAGCAGUACCUCUCACACUUUACGUCUGUCUCGUCUCAGAAGUUUGCUGUCAUCAAGGUUGGCGGUGCCAUUCUGACCGACUACCUCGACGAGCUGUGCGCCAGCCUGGCGUUCCUCUAUCACGUCGGCCUGUACCCGGUUAUUGUCCACGGUGCUGGUCCCCAGCUCAACAAGCUGCUCGAGGAUGCGGGUAUCGAGCCCCAGUUUGAGGAGGGCAUCCGUGUUACCGACGGCCCUACGCUGGCCGUCGCCCGCAAGCUUUUCAUGGAGGAGAACCUCAAGUUCACCCAGCGCCUCGAGGAUUACGGCAUCCACGCCCGCCCAAUUACCUCUGGUGUCUUCUACGCCGACUACCUGAACCAGGAGAAGUGGGGCUUUGUGGGCAAGGUCAACCGCGUCGCCACGGACGUCGUCGAGGCCGCCAUCAACAACCGCUUCCUGCCCGUCCUGACCUCGCUUGCCUGGACCGAGUCUGGACAGCUGCUGAACGUCAAUGCGGACGUUGCUGCUGCUGAGCUGGCUCGCGCUCUGGAGCCGCUCAAGGUCGUCUACCUGUCCGAGAAGGGCGGCCUCUUUGACGGCGAGGGUGGUAAGAUCUCGGCCAUCAACCUGGACGAGGAGUUUGAGUGGUACAUGGCCCAGUCGUGGUGCAAGUUCGGCACGCGCCUCAAGAUCAAGGAGAUCAAGGAUCUGCUCGAUACGCUGCCUCGCGAGUCCAGUGUCGCCAUCAUCCGGCCCCAGGACCUGCACAAGGAGCUGUUCACCGACUCCGGUGCCGGCACUUUGAUUCGCCGUGGUACCAAGCUGGCCUCGGCCAGCGAUGUCACCGCCUUUUCCGACAUUGAGCAGCUCAAGACGGUCCUGCUGCGUGACCGCGACGGCCCCAACGCCCGCCAGACCGUGGACACCUACGUCGAGUUCCUGCGCGAGAACCCAUUCCGCGCCUACUACGACGAGCAGAUGAACGCUCUUGCUAUUGCCUUCCCUCCCUCUGCCGACCGUCCAUUUGCCACUCUGGCCACGCUGACAAUCAGCAAGUCUGGCUGGCUGGGCAAUGUCGCCGAGAACAUCUUCACGGCCAUCCGCAAGGACUUCCCCAAGCUGAUCUGGACUGUCAACGAGAAUGAUGAGAACCUGACCUGGUUCUUUGACAAGGCCGACGGCAGCGUCGCCCGCAACGGCAAUGUGCUUUUCUGGUACGGUGUCGAGGACGGCGACGAGAUUGUCCAGGUCAUGAAGGACUUCUCUGAGCACGGCCGCUCCAUGCUGGGCGAUGCGAACCUCGAGGCUCGUCUGCAGCGCGCCGCCGAGCGUGCCGGCAGCGACGGCGGUGCGGCGGCCGCAGUCAAGGCCGCCACCAACGCCGCCUUCCAGCGGUCUUCUCCCCUGCAACAGCAGCAGGCCCGCGCCUUUUCUACUGCCGCCCGCCGCCCCGCCACCGCCUCCUCUUCCGUCUCUUCCUUCUCGACCUUCUCCUCUUCCCGCUUCUUCAGUCGCCGUACUACCGCCGCUGCCUUCCACACGUCACGGGCGAACCGCAUCGACGAGGACACGACGAACCCCAACCCGCCACUUGGCAAGAAAAACGCCACCAACAACCGAGCAGCCCGCGUUGCCCUGAUCGGCGCUCGUGGUUACACGGGCCAGGCGCUGAUUGCGCUGCUGAACGCGCACCCGCACCUGGACCUGACGCACGUCAGCUCGCGAGAGCUGGCGGGCCAGGAGCUCAAGGGCUACGAUAAGAGCGCGAUUACGUACGAAAACCUGAGCCCCGAGGACAUCCGCGAGAUGGAGAGCCGCAACGAGGUCGACUGCUGGGUGAUGGCUCUGCCCAACGGUGUGUGCAAGCCGUUUGUGGACGCCAUCCAGGAGGCGCGCCGCGACACCGCCGGUGCGGACAAGAGCGUGAUUGUCGAUCUGUCGGCCGACUACCGUUUCGACAAGACGUGGACGUACGGUCUGCCUGAGCUGGUCAAGCGCGGCGAGAUCCAGAACGCCAGCCUCAUCUCGAACCCGGGCUGCUACGCGACAGCUGCUCAGCUGGGCAUUGCGCCCUUGCUCGACAAUCUCAGCGGCACGCCCGUCAUCUUCGGCGUCAGCGGCUACUCGGGCGCGGGCACCAAGCCGUCGCCCAAGAACGACGUUGAGCUGCUGACGAACAACCUGAUUCCCUACAGCCUGACGGACCACAUCCACGAGCGCGAGAUUAGCUACCAGCUUGGCUGCAACGUGGCGUUCACGCCCCACGUGGCCGUCUGGUUCCAGGGCAUCCAUCACACCAUCCACAUCCCGUUGAAGACGGCCAUCACGUCACGCGACAUUCGGCAAAUCUACCAGGACCGCUACGCUGGCGAGAAGCUGGUUAAGGUGGUCGGAGAGGCGCCACUGGUCAAGUCAAUCAGCGGCAAGCACGGUGUCGAGAUUGGUGGUUUUGCGGUGCACUCGUCGGGCCGGCACGUUGUUGUCUGCGUAACGAUCGACAACCUGCUGAAGGGUGCCGCUACGCAAUGUUUGCAAAACAUGAACCUGGCCCUCGGCUACAACGAGUUUGAGGGCAUCCCGGUGAUGUAG